AUGCAAAAGACACUCUUUGUCGCAAUAUCACCAUAUACGGUCGUUGUCGGUAUGAAGAUAAAGGUGCUGCGCUUGCCCCUCGUCCAUUUGCGCGUUCAUAGAAACCAUGAGCUUCAUCUAACCUGGGCGUAUCUUCGUGAAGGUUGCGCUUUCAACCAUGAUCCCCAUAAGCUCAAUUCGUCAUAUCAGUCGGACAGGUUGGGAUCCCUUACAUCAAACCCUCGCUGGCCCUCCUCUUCUGA